ACAGCCAACAACAACAACAGCUCUGGUGACGAAGAGGCGGCCAGCCAUAACGGCUUUUCCAAUUCGGCAGAAAUUGGCGGAAAUGAUGUCGAAAACAGCGGCAUAGCAAAUGAGGAAAACGAUGAAGUACCGGUGUGCGAUCUUGGUGGCAACACUCAACACAACAUUGAAGUUGCCAAUGCUGAUCCAAACGCUGAUGCAGGCAACGCUCCACAUAACAUCAAAGUUGCCAAUGCUGAGCCAAACAUUGAUAAGGGCAGCACUGUGAAUGAAAACGUAAACAAUGCACCUAACAGCAGUGUUUUCCAACAAAAUUACGAAGACAUGGAGCGUAUGCAAAAGGAAUCUCCCUGGGAGGGUGGCAUACGCUCCGCAGGCGCUAUCUGGAGUCCACUUUUGCAAAAGAGUAGCUACGUAUCCGAACAGGUUAUUCAUGCAAUAGAUUGGCUACCCACACUGGCUUCAGCUGCUGGUGUGGCUCUACCCGAUCAUCUCAAUAUAGAUGGCGUCAAUAUGUGGCCCUCGCUUAGUGAAAACUUGGAGCCGCAGCCUAGAACGCUGCUGCAUGUAUUGGAUGAUGUUUUUGGCUAUUCGUCAUAUAUGCGGGACAAUCUAAAAUACGUCAAUGGAAGUCGAUUUGAGGGACGCUUUGAUAGUUGGUUGGGCGAGUUGGAUGCUGGCGAAAUUGAUCCGCUAAGUGCGUACUACGUUCAGCAGGUUCUUUCUUCUGAAGUGCAGCAGGUUUUGGGCUCUAAAAGCCUGACUAGCGAGCGUAUCAAACAGCUACGUGCCCAAGCAACUCAUCACUGUUCCAUCAACGGUACGAUCCACUUGCAGCCUCUGUAUCUGUGCCAUCCCCUGCAAGCGCCCUGUUACUUUAAUUUGACCGACGAUCCAUGCGAGCAUUAUAACCUAGCGAACCUGUAUCCAUUGCAACUGCAGCAGCUCGAAAAGGAAGUAAACGAGUUUCGGUUGGGAGCUGUCGAAAGUGCUCGAGUACCAAUACCGGAUUUGCGUGCGAAUCCCGCUCUUCACGAAAACUUCUGGGAGUGGUGGAAUGAUACCGAAACCGAAACAGUUACCAGUGGGGCUGAAAAAUGGAGAGCGAAUCUUUUAAAUUUGAUUGGGCUAUAUUGUGCUUUAUACUUCGACUUUGCCUUUAAGUAA